AUGACGACGACAAAGUACGAACGCGAAGUGGUUUGGGUCAAGUACGGGAAAGGGGAGCGGUUUUGGCCCGCGCACGUGGUGGGACGAGACGCGGCGCGCGCGCGCGUGCCGGGCGCGGCGGCGGUCUUUGAAAAGCAUCCAGGCGCGCGCGCGUUUCAGUACUUUGGCUACGGCGGGUAUUACCAGCUCGAGAAACCGAACGCGCCGGCUGCGAUAGCGUGGGCGGAAGGGUUAGCGCGACGGUUGGAUGAAAAAGGGGUGGCCAAGGCGCACAAGACGGCUGUGACAAACGCGCGGGCGUACGUAGAGCGAGGCGAUUUGACGAGCGAAGUCGCGGCGGGCGCGCUUUGGUGGAGCAUGCCGCUUCCAGCACCGCGCGAAGAGCCGGCGAAGAGAACUCACGAUUCGGCGGGGACGUUGUCUGAGAAGAAUAAGAAGCCGCGACGCGGCGACGCGGCCAAAGAUACAUUCGACGAGCGUGAGGAAGUCAAAGACGCCGGCGCCGACGAGUUUGAGUUUCCUCGCAUGUCCAAAACGUUCGUCGGCGGCGAACGCAAGGAAUACACGCCCACGUUGAGCGUGCUUUCGCUCGGAAAACCACCUCCUUUUGAGCGCAUCCAUCGCAGCGUUUUCGUCAGCAGACCGCCGCCGGUGAAACUGCACAAGUCUGAAACCGCGGUGUGCGACUGCCAUCCGCCGCCGUCGCGCGGCGACAGCGAGACGAUUCGCGACGGAUGCGGGCAAGAGUGCUUGAAUAGAAAAUUGCGAUUUAGUUGCGACAGCCGAACGUGUCCGUGUGGGGACGCGUGCAGUAAUCGCCCGUUGAGUCAGUUACCGGCGCCAAAGACGAAGAUUAUUCGCACAGAAAACAGAGGUUGGGGAUUGACUUUGCAAGAGCCCGUGCGCGCGGGAACCUUCAUCGUUGAGUACGCGGGUGAGAUUUUAGACGAGCACGAAUGCGCCGAACGGCUUUGGUACGACAAGCAGUCGGGGGAAGAGAACUUUUACUUGAUGGAAAUAUCCGCAAACUACGUCAUCGACGCCAAGUUUAAGGGCUCGAUCGCGAGAUUUAUCAAUAGCAGCUGUCACCCAAACUGCGAAACGCAGCGGUGGGUCGACGCUUCGACGAACGAGACGAGAGUCGGUAUCUUUGCCACCGAAGACAUCGCGAGUGGGACCGAGCUGACGUACGAUUACAACUUUGCGCACUUUGGCGAUGAAAAGGGGACGUCGUUCGUGUGCAUGUGUGGGCAUCCCAAGUGUCGAGGCACGCUCGACGCGGCGAAGACGUCGAAAAAGAAUUUGCAUCGCCGACUUCGCGUGGAAAUCAUGGUGAAUGGGAAAGUCGUUAAGUCGCGCAAGAAGAAACAAAAAGUCAAGGCCACUGUGGUGGACUAUGAUGCCGCGAAGAAUAGAUACAAAGUACAAGUCGAAGGUGACGAGAAGGAAACCUUCGCGUGGGUGCGUCUCGAUGGCGAAGGCGCAGCGAAACACUCGUGGCUGAGCAAAUAG